GAAAAAGCAAAAUAAUAAAAAAAAAAAGAAAAAAAGAAAAAGAAAAAUGGUAUAGACAAGGUGGGGACUGGGCAUACCCAACGCACAGUUGAAGUUAGGGUGGGAAGUUUGGUAGCCGAAACUUCCAAUUCGCAAGAAAAGAAUUGCGCGUCGUCGUCGUCGUUGUCGCCGGAGUGGGUACCGAUCGACUCUCAGACGAGUUGCUGAUAAGGAAGACAGGCAAGGCACAUAUGGAUUUCUCUGAGAUAUGGGCCAUAUUUGGGCCAGGUGUCGCCGGCGCCAUCUUCGGUGCCGGUUGGUGGUUUUGGAUCGACGCCGUCGUUUGUAGCUCCGUCAAGGUCUCCUUCGUCCAUUACCUUCCUGGCAUUUUUGCAUCGUUGGCGGCUUUGAUGUUCAAUUGCGUUAGAAAAGAAGAUAUCGAUUACUCUCCUUAUGAAGAAAGCGAGUGGAGAUUGAAGCUUUGGCUGUUCCUUGCUUAUGUUGUAUCCUUCGUAUCACUAGCCGCAUCGGUGGGUCUACUCAUACAAGAUUCAGUUGCAAAAUCUGGCCCCUCAGUGUGGACAGGAACUGCUGGUGUUUUACAGUGUGUGCUUGUAUUAAUCAGCGGCCUAAUUUAUUGGACUGCUCACCCGGAGUGAGAUUGGAUGUGGCAAAUAGUAGGAUUUCUUUCUAAGCUUAUGUGCUGCCCGGUGAGGAAGUCAUUGUGAGUUUGCAUGUACCAUCUUAUAAAAAUCGGUUGAAUGGAAAAUAGUUCAUCAUGUUCAUUUGUAAAUGAUUAUAUUGUGCUAACCAUCUCAAUUGAGGUGUUUAAACUAAAUCUGAGGAUACUGUUGACUUCUUUUA